UUCCGGUCUAUGAAGAUUCGAUCGGGACAUUGGAUCAGAAAAACAGCUCCGACCAAUCAGAGGGAGGCUCUGUUUGUGGCGUCACUGUCAGUCUCUUCCGUCCUCCAGGCCGGAAGUCGGUUCAGUCGGAUCAGAGAUCGUCGUAGCGCGGAGAUCAUGUUGUGUGUCGUGGUGUGUGUGUUUGUCCUCUGUGGUGUUGUCCACGCUGGACCGACUGACCGACGCUUCAAUAAACCACAGCAGGAGCUGGACCCUGAAGUGCACAUGAACAUUACGGAGAUCAUCAGACGAUGGCAUUACCCUGCAGAGGAGCACGAGGUUCUGACGGAGGACGGGUUCAUCCUGUCUGUCAACAGGAUCCCGCAGGGCCGGAGACACGCUGCAGGAACCCGACCGGCCGUGUUACUGCAGCACGGCCUCCUCGCCGCUGGCAGCAACUGGAUUUCCAACCCGCCCAACACCAGUCUGGGAUAUGUGCUCGCCGACGCCGGCUACGACGUGUGGCUGGGAAACAGCCGCGGGAACACGUGGUCCAGGAAACACCAGAGUCUCCGACCGGACCAGGAAGAGUUCUGGAGGUUUAGUCACGAUGAAAUGGCGCUGAAGGAUCUUCCUGCGGUUGUGAACUACAUCCUGAAGGUGACGGGACAAAAACAGAUCUACUACAUCGGACACUCACAAGGAACCACGAUAGCAUUCAUAGCAUUCUCCACACUGCCUGAACUGGCCAGUAAGAUCAGGCUGUUUGUGGGUUUGGCUCCGGUGGCAACUGUCGCCUUCACCAGCAGCCCCAUGACCAAGAUGUCCGUCCUGCCGGAGCCGCUGAUCUGGACCGUGUUCGGCCGUCGGGACUUCCUGCCUCAGAGUCACAUGAUCGAGUGGUUUGCAGAACACGUGUGUGGGAAGCAGCGUCUCAGUGAACUGUGUGGAAACCUCUUCUUCAUCCUCUGUGGCUUCGACGAGAACAACCUCAACAUGACUCGGACUCCGGUCUACACCACACACUGUCCUGCUGGGACCUCAGUCCAGAACAUGGUCCACUGGGCCCAGGCCGUUCACGGAGGGAAACUGACGGCGUUUGACUUCGGAGCCUCAGGAAACAUGAGACACUACAACCAGUCCACUGCACCUGAGUACCAGGUCCAGAACAUGAAGGUUCCUACCGCUCUGUUUUCCGGGGGACAGGAUACGCUGGCGGACCCUAAAGACGUGGCCGUGCUGCUGACUCAGGUCUCUAACCUGGUCUUCCACCAGCACAUUGAUCACUGGGAACAUCUGGACUUCAUCUGGGGCCUCGACGCUCCCGAACAGAUGUUUCCCUCCAUCCUGAAGCUGCUGCACGAGAACUGCUAGAGUAGCCCCGCCCCCAGGUCGUGACGACUUUAUGAGACUGUGAAUUGAUGCGUUGACAUUGGUUGUGAAUCUGUUGUAUGUUGGUUCAGCUGAAACCUUCACUUCCUGUGGUGUCAUGCACCUAAACUGUGAGGUCACCAAAUCAUGUGACACAUUUGUUUUAAAUGCUUUUAUUUUGACGGAACUUUUAACUUUACGUUGAACUGAUGUUUACGAUCGGAUCAAUGAAUGAAUCAAUAAUCUGUUUUAAUAAAGUUUUAUCAAGAAAAUAAA